UCUUAUUCUCAUUUUCUUAUAUGUAUUAUCACAAUCUGAGUUUUUCUACUAACAUUUUCCUUGUUGUUUUUCACUUUUAGAAAACUCAAAUUGAAAAACAAUCUCCAAGUCUUUCUAUUCUCACAUUUAGCUUUUGAAGAUGAGCAAGGGAUCAAGUUCAAAGAAAGUAGAAGUAACAAGCGAUGACGCCAAAAUUUAUAUCAAAGAAAUAAAGGAUGCGUUUAAAGAUGAGAAACAUAAGUUCAAUGAGUUUUUAAAGACUAUGAAAGAUAUCAAGAAAAAAAGAGCUGAUAUAGUGUGUAUGCUGGCAAGAGUGAAGGAAUUGUUUGAAGGGCAUGAAGAAUUGUUAUUGAAAUUUAAUACCUAUUUGGUAGAUGAAUUUGAGAUUACACCUCCACCAAAUAAGCCAGAAGUGAAUAUAGAAUAUGCUAGGAAAUAUUUGGACAAGGUGAAGACUCGAUUUCAAGAUGAUCCGAACAUUUACCAAUCAUUUCUAACUAUACUGAAUAUGUAUAGAAAUAAAGAAAAGAGUUGCGAGGAGGUUUCACGAAUGGUUAUUUCACUUUUUAAAGACCAACCUGAUCUUGUUGACGGAUUUAUUGAGUUUUUUCCAUGACGUGGCUUUUGAUGUUUAUAAAUUUUCUUUCUUAAAGAAGUUCGUGAUGAGUUAAUAAAUACCUAUGGUAUGGUUACCGAGAUAACUAAAGAUUUUUAGAUUUAUUUUUAAUGUUUUUUAUUUGAGACUUGAAAUAAGAAAUCAUUUGAAGAAGAUUUUAUCAA